CAGUGUCACACAGUUUGUUCCUCUGUGUUUGCUGCUCAGCGUCCCUUCGCACUUCAGUGCUUUUGUUUCUCUUCAACACCAACAGAACCUCGCUGAGGAAAGCAUAUCAAACACUUUUGUCCACUGACUACGACUACAACUGAGCUGAACUGCCUUGGACUGUUGUUGCAAAGAUGGCAAACAAGACUGAUGUGAAGGCCAUGAUGGCUCGAUUCCAAGCAGGAGGAGCAAGCAUUGAUGACUCCACUCCAGUUGGACGUCCUAAAGCAUCCCUGCAACCGACGUUAUCUUCUGGCCCAGCCAUACAAAAGAAGUCUGUUCUGGAGAGCCUCUCAGGCAGUGCGAUAAACUCUACGCACAAGCCACCUUUUCCGAAAAACACACCAUUGAUUAAAAGUGACUCAGACACACAUGAGCCAAACAAAGCUAAGGCUCUGGCAAACAAGUUUGCCAACUCCCUGGAUGACACUGCCACCAACAGACCUCCCAUUCUUAAUAAAGUACAAACACCACCGAAGCCACCUUUUUCACAGGCUACUGAAGCUAAAGGGUCAAUACAGAAACCUCCUUUUAACAAACCUCCACUCAACUCCACUUUGCCUGAAACCAAACUUGCAUUUCCAAAACCCCCUGGAGCACUUAACUCCAAGCCUAGCAGGAUGAAAGAAGACAGUGGUGGGGGUACUACACCAAACACCAGCCCAACACCGCCCAAAACACCAAAUUUGCAUCAAAAGCCACCCAGCAAUGUUCUAAAAAUGUGGCAGCAGAAUGAAGAGCAGUCAGAAACAAAGACAGACACUGUGAACAAGCCGUCAUCUCAAGCAUUCACUGCUCCGAAACCCCCCACCAACUUCAAGAAUGCUCAAAGUUUGUUCAACAAGGAGAAGGACCCACCCGAGCAGACAGAGAGUGGAGGGGUCAACAAAUCAGCCUUCACUGCUAUUAACUCUACUCCUCCCCAAAAACCUCCUGCCCACAAAAAGCCAAGUCUGAAGAAGCCGUCAAAGGGUCCUGCCCAGGCUGACGGUAUUAAUGGUGACAUUCCUCCAGGCUUAAAACGCAACCCUCUCCCCAACAGUUUAGCCUUGGGUCCCCCUCCUGCUAAACCAAAUAGGCCUCCCAAAGUAGACCUAGAUGGCUUUAAAAAAUCUGCAGAGACCCGUGAAGAUGGUCCUGGCUUUAAGAAACCCCCUCCUUUGGCACCUAACAGCCAGACCAACCAUGCACCACAGAUUCAAGCCCCACCAACACUACCGCCAGUUCUGCCUGCAAGACAUGUCGCCAUGAACCAGUCAGAUGAUAUGCCUCCUCCUCCCCCUCCUGUGUUCAGCCACCCAAGUCAGAGGGCAAAGGAGGAAAAUGAUGAUGAAGACGAAGAAGUGUAUGAAGAUGUCGAGGAACGAUGGGACCAAGAGAAAAAGAAAGAUGACAAAGAGGAGAAAAGGCGAUUGGAGGCAACAAAGAAGGAGCAGAAGGAGCGAGAAAAGAAGGAGCAAGAAGCCAGGAAAAAGUUUAAAUUGACUGGAGCCCUGGAGGUCAUUCAGAAAGGAAAAGCUCUUACAGACUGCAAAGGCAGCAAGAUGGACCUGGCUCUGAAGCAAGGAGACCAGCUCGAUAUUGUCCGUGUUCAGGGCAACCCAGAGGGGAAGUGGUUGGCACGGACAACAGAUGGAACAAUUGGCUAUGUCAAGACAACCUCGGUGGAAAUUGACUUUAACUCCUUGAAGAAUCGUCCUGCUCAGCCGGCACAUGAACCUGAAAUCUAUGACGACAUUGACGUAGUCUCGGCAGACAGUGGAGGUGUGAAAGGGCCAGCAGUUGUCCUACCGCCACCACCAGGAGAAGAUGGAGAAAUAUAUGAUGACGUAGUUGAUCCAAACCUCGAAGUCAGUUCUCUUGAAAACCAGCCCUCACCGGCGAGGACCCGCAGCAUCCUGCGGAUCUUUGACCGAAACAGACGUUCUCCCAGCUCUAAAGUACUGCCGGCACCUGACCAGUUUGCUGCAGCAGGGAAUGCAGUGCCUGCAGCACCAAUUGAUGAGGAGAUAUACGAUGAUGUUGACUCUCAAAAUGCGCCUCCGCCUCCUCCCAUCAGCAGCCUCCCAGGCAUGAAAGGCAAAAACAAAGCAGAAGACAUGGACCCAAAGAAACAGAAAAAGUUUGAGAAGGAGGAGAAGGAAUUCAGGAAAAAGUUCAAAUAUGACGGGGAGAUACAGGUCCUGUACCAGGUGACCAUCAUCUCCCCACUCAACAAUAAGAAGUGGAGCGGGAAAGACCUGCCACUGAAAGCCGGAGAGAAACUGGACGUGAUUGUCAAAGCUCAGGAUGACAAACUAGUCUGUCGGAAUGACGAGGGAAAGUUUGGUUAUGUUUCAACCAGCCAUGUGGUGGAUGAUGGAGAAAUCUAUGACGACAUUGGAGGAGAUGACUGCAUCUAUGACAAUGACUGAGAAACAUCCUUCACUGGCUGAAUACACUGAGACUAUUAACUUUUCACUAUGCGUUAUUUAUUAUGCUCACUGAUGGUACUUUAGGAGAUGCUGUAAGUUAGCUGCACAGUCUUUAGUUUCCCUGUUCUAACUUAUAAAUAUGCUUUGAAAAUGAUAAUUAUAUGAGAACCAGAUAUGGGAAGACGGGCAAGCCUGAAGUCAUUUGAACAAUCCCAUGUUGUGUUUUUUUUAUGUUUCUGGCUUCAAAAGCAAAACAAAAAGAAAAGCAGAAGCUGAAGUUGGGUAUAACAGUAUUUUAUUAUUUCCUUUUUUUCCCCCUAAUGUAUUCUUCUUUGGUUGUCAUUUAAAACUCUACAGAAGUGAAUUUUAUUUUCCUUGUUUUGCUACAUUAUAGAAACAGUAUGCAAGAAAAAUAUUAAGCAUUUGAGGCUUCGUUCUUUCUUUGUCAGCGUCGAUAUAUUAUUUGAGCAUUUUGUAGCUACCUAUAAGUCUAACUGGAAAGGCAUUUGAUCAUCAGUAAAUACGUCCUGUUUAUGGUGCCAAAUAACCUUUCACGUCUUGUAUAUAUAAUAUUUUCUCACAGCUUGAGUUUGUCCUAUUCUGUGCACACUGAAAUAAACAGCACUUUUGUUAUCAAACUUAAUAGAUCCUCAGGUUAGACUUUGUCAUGCCUGUACAUGCAAAUUAGACACAUGGAAACAUUAAGGACGAUGCACAUUCAAUGAUUUAAUGAAGAACUGUCCUAAUUCAGUUCCCAUGAUGAUAGUUUCCAUAUAAGGAUCCUUAUCUUGUGCUCAGUGGAAUCUUAAUAUCAUCUAGUGGUAAAACCUUGCAACUACAACCUUUAUCAAAUUUAAUUAUUUUUUAAUUAAAUUAUUAUUUAGCACUUA